GCUUCGUGAAUCGGAUCAUUUGGUGGAUUUAUUGUCCAUCAAAUUGGUGCUCUCGUUGAGAGUUCGAGAAUCAUACUCAGAGGAAACCCUCCAUUAAGACGAUGGUGCAAACACGCAGUAACGCUAAUGUGGGUACCGGAGUUCCCCAACAGGGAGAGAACAACACCACUGGAGGUCGGAACCCUCCCAUCACCACCGGAGAGGCUGAGGCCCUCAUUCAGAGGGUUGGAAUCACGGCCGAACAAUUCAAAGAGGUGCUGGUCGCACUUGCACCCAACCGCGAGGUUGUGGUAGAAGAAGUGGCUGGGGGACCCACAGGCGGGAAGGCUGGACCCGCGGGCUCCCAAGGGAAAAAGAAGAAAGUAAGGCGAUCCCAGAAGAAGAAGGCGACCAAGCCUAAUGGGAAAGUCGUGAUGGCGGAUGCGCUUUCCAGGUUGGACGAAGAGGACGAGUCGUCCUCCUUUGAGCAGAUGUCUGCCUUUGACCGUUUGGGAGACCCCAAGUCAAAGAAGCCUCGGACCUCUGCGUUCGAAUGGUUGCAGGACACUCGGUCGGCCCGAAAGGGCGACUUGAGGGAUGCGCUCAAGGAGAAAAGGGGGGAGUCCACAGCGACCUCCAAGAUCAAUCCCGAGGAGCGACGGACGACGGUCGAAGGCAAAGGCGCAGCCGAGCUGUGGAGAAUGUACGAGCAACUUGAGAAGCGGCUGGACGCCCAGAACCCCUACCGCCAGGCGGUCUUCAGCGAGGUAACACCCUUCUCCAGGAGGAUAAUGUCUUGUCCUCUCCCGGAUAAUUUCAAAACUCCCCAAAUCAAGGCGUACAACGGGACGACUGAUCCCCAGGACCACCUCGCCCGCUUCGGGGCUAACGUGCUCAUGUACGCGUACCCGGAAGAGAUCAAGUGUAGAUGUUUCCUGGCAACACUAGAAGGGCAGGCUUGUGAAUGGUUCCACAAGUUACCCAAAGGGUCGAUAGAUAAGUGGAGCGACCUGGCCCACAAGUUCUUGGAGCACUUCGCAUCCAGCCGAAGACAGAAGCUCCCCUUCUCGCAUCUGCUCAAUGUGAAGAUCCGGAAGGGGGAACAGCUCCGGGAAUUCAUAAACAGGUGGGAGAAGGAGGCAAGGG